AUUUUUUUUUUUAUUUAUUUUUUUGUCCUAUUCUCAUCUGCCCUCCAUGCAACAAAACCAGCAAAAUUGGCCUUAUUAUCCAAUCAAGAAAGAACUCAAACACGGUAUUGUAUUUUUCUUCUUAAUUGUGGCCACCAUUGUUAGCUGCAAGCUUUUGAACCCCACCUUGUUUUUCAACAUCGGCUUCUUGCCCCGAAUUUUACCCGGAAAAGAUUCAGGCUCGAAGAACGAAUGCGAUUUUUCAGAUGGAAAUUGGAUAUUCGACGAAGAUCAACCUCGUGUGAGGUAUACAGAGAAUUGCCCGUUUUUAGAUCCUGGAUUUCGAUGCCAAGAAAAUGGGAGAAAAGAUUUGGAUUAUCAGAAAUGGCGAUGGCAGCCCAAAGAUUGUGAUAUUCCAAGAUUCAAUGCGAAAGACUUUCUCGACCGCGCCCGAAACUGGCGAAUCGUUUUUGCAGGCGACUCGAUUGGCCGAAACCAAUGGGAGUCCUUAACUUGCAUGUUGGCACAAGGGGUCGCUAACUGGACCUCAAUAUACGAAGAGUACGGGAACCCGAUUACCAAGCACAAAGGCUUCCUCUCGAUCAAAUUCCGAGAUUACAAUCUCACGGUACAAUACUACAGAGUGCCUUAUCUCGUGACAAUCGAUCGACCUCCGAAAAACGUGUCCAAAGAGGUGUAUGGAGCCAUUAGAGUCGACAGGCUGCAUUGGUACUCGGCCAAUUGGGUCGGAGCUAAUGUUUUGGUGUUCAGCGCAGGCCAUUGGUGGAAUCAAGACAAGACGAUAAAAUCGUACGAAGGGGAACACGUGAACAUGUCGAUGGAUGUAAUGGAAGCUUUUAAAAGAUCGAUGAACACGUUGAGAGUAUGGGCAAUGCAGAGUUUGAAGCCGGGAAAAACACAAGUGUUCUUUAGAAGCUACUCACCGGUAUAUUACAGGGAAGGAGCAUGGGACAAAGGCGGGUACUGCAACACGAGCACGCAACCCGAGACCAACAGAUCAAAACUCGAUCCCGACCCCCCCAACAACAUGAUCAUCCGUGAAAUUGCUCGAAAACUGAAAAACACAAUCUCAACAACCCACUUCACGAACAUAACUUACCUAACAGAGUUCAGAAAAGAUGGGCACCCAUCGAGUAACCGUGAACCGGGCACUCCACCCGAUGCCCCACAGGAUUGCAGCCACUGGUGCCUGCCCGGAGUGCCCGACACUUGGAACGAUUUGAUCUAUGCUGAGCUAUUGCGAACGGGUUUUUAGAACAAGGGUAAAGUGAAG